CCGUUCGUUGAACAAUUUAAUCAAGGGUUAAUUAAUUAAUCAAGGUUCAAACCUCACUUUAAAUUUUCGAAUGAGAGGCGGCAACCAACGAUACAGCGACUUUGAACUUAAGGACGGAAUGACCUUGGAUUUUGUUAAUCAAGUUUUUGGAUGAGUUUUUUAUCAUUUAUGAGAAAUUGGUCCUUGAUAUAACAUUCUUCAUAUUUAACUAACAGCUUCGUUUACAAUGCAAACAUAACUUGCCUAUGCCCAUAUGGAAGAAAGUUGAAUUCCCGUUUAAAUUUCGAGGAAAUUCUGCAAGACGGUAUUGUUGAGGGUCUACAAUGGAAAACUUAUCAAAAUCAUAUCUUUACGUAACUCCUGCCCAGUCAAAAGCAAACACACUAAAUGACCAAUCCUACGAACCUGUUGUGAUGCUUUUCGGAUGGAUGGGGGCUCAAGAUAAAUAUCUGAGAGUGUACUCUCAAAUCUAUGAAGAACAAGGGUUCCCCACAGUAAGGCUCACAGUUUCACCUUUCAUAGUCCUCUUCAAGAACAAUGAGAUGACAGAAUUCUCCCAUAAACUGGUAUCCCUGUUGGAAGAACCGGAUUUCAAAGAUAGACCGGUCAUUAUACACCUCUUCUCCAACGGUGGCAGCUUCCAAUAUGAAGUCUUUUUGAACACUUUGGACGAGGCCAAACGUAAACUGGUGAAAGGGGUGAUAUUUGAUUCAGGGCCAGCAAAAUGGACCUUGUACAAUAGUUUCACAGUGUGUAGUAUGAUAUUGAGCUCCCUUGUGAGCAAUAAGUUUCUGUUGUAUCCUUUAACAGUGGCAGCCAUAGCUAGUUCGGCUUCUUUGGUGGGUUUAAAGAAAAUUCAAAAGAAAAUCCUUAAAAGGCCGGUUUAUCUGAUGGAUCCUUACAAUAACUUGAUGAACCAAGAGAACGCAUGCCCCCAACUUUUUUUCUUUUCUAAAGCGGACAAGUUAGUGCCUUAUAGAGACAUGGAGGUUUUCAUAGAGAAAAGGAAAUCGAGAGGGGUAGAAGUCAUGUACAAAAUAUACGAGACAACGCAACACGUCAAACAUUACCCUUCUGAUAAGUUGGGUUACACUAAAACUGUGUUAAAUUUUUUAAACAAAGUUUUGAGGAAGUGAUCAAUGUUUUUAUUUAGUUCGUAUUAAAGUAGUUUGAAAAGUU